CUCUCGGCCUAGCAGAUCUUGUAAACACUCAGGGCCUUUGAUUCCUGGACCCAGGGAAAUGGCGACAGCAGCAGAACCCAUUCCACCCCGCCUCCACCCGCAGGAGAUCUCCUUCCCACUGCCCAAGGCUCUUCACACGACAGCACAUAUUCAUCUGACCUUGUUGGACACAUGUGUCAUGGUAUUUCUCGCUACGUCGACCCCGGGCGACUCAGCGGGGACAGUGAAGCCGAUGGGGAGUUUGAUCUACGCGAUGCCUGAUCUCAAAUCUCCCACCACACCCCUCUCAACAACAAUCUACUCCGCCCCCAACAGCGUGGAAUACACCACCCGAGUCGCCAAGAUCCUCGCCCGCAGGCUGCGCAUCCCCGUCUACGUGGGGAGCAGCAUCGACCCGACCUCGCUGAGCCUUCAGGUCGAGGAGGAGAUGGAAGGAUUACGCCAGAUCGUGGAGGUGGUGGUGGAGCGGUGGAAGGAUGCGAGGCGGUGAUGUCUUUCUCUCCACUUUCUCACAGGUACUAUCUGGAGCCUGUCUAUCAGGCAGUGGAGGAGGGAUGAGACCGUUACUGUUCAGCGAGCGAGGGUUUAUUUAUCCUAGGACAUGGUGUCUAGAAUGCGAUUUUAUGUUGCGUUCUGACGUUGUGGUUUCUCCAUUCUGUCUUACCUCCGGGUCCGAGAGUGGUGGCGCGGUGGUCGGCAUGGUUGAUAGUUUUCAGUUUUGGGAGGAAGUGGUAGAGACCCUUGCGUAAAAGGUUGCGAGAUGCUCCAAGGGUUCAUGAUCUGGAGUGCUUGAGAUGAUAUGAAUAUGAGAUUGACACCAGAAGGCAGGAAGAGGAAUCGUAUUCUGCAACCCGCAUACGUGUUAGUAUUAUGAUGAGUAUUUCGGCAUAGCUGGUAAUGGGCAUAAAGAACUGCGCAGCAUGAAUC